AUGAUGGUGCCAUGGUCAGAUUUAGUUCCAAUUCCUGAUCAGUAUAAGAAAGCAGGAUGCCUGGUGGAAGACACAGCCUUGAGGGGUAUCACUCUUGAAAAGUUGGAAGAAUUGCUGGACCUGAUCCGACAAGUUUUGGAUGCUGGCUAUGAAAUUACUGACAGAUUCAGUGGAGAAACAGUGAAUCUAGAUUCCAUCAAUCUGUAUCACAUAGAUGAACACUUUGUAAAACCUCUGACGGAGAAAGAGCAAUGUUCCUUUGCAGAGCUUGUCUCCACAGAAAGAGUAACAAAACCCCCCAUCUUCAUGGUCAGCCAUUACUGGGGAACUUCCCUGGUGGAUACCAUUCGUAUGCUCAAGCUGCACCGACACGCUUCCUUUUCCAUAUGGGAUGCUCGCACAGAGAGGUGGAAAUGCCGUCGCAAUCGCACUUAUUCCGUUUGGAUAUGUGCCUUUUCCAAUCGACAGCAUAGUUUAGACCAAGAAGGAAUAGAUACGCCAACGUAUAUGCAGACUCCCUUUGCCAGAGUCAUCUCAAGUGAACACUGUCUUGGCACAGUCAUGCUAUUAGAUGAAAUAAAGGCAACACCACUCCAGAGAUCCUGGUGUAUCUUUGAAGCAUUCGUGUCAAUAGCCAAAACGACACACAAGAGGAAACGUCACAGACUCGACAUUGCCACCAUCAUUCCAGAGGGAUCGUACAGAUCAGGAAACAAUAGGAGUAAUUUACGAUGUGCUGGGAUUCUCUCCGAAACUCAUCUUUUAUCCUUUUCGGGUGGGGAUCGCCUCGGUUUCAGGACGACGGAUCAUCCCGAUCCUAGGAAUUUUCCGGACGACGAGGGAACAAGAAUCUGCAAGCCUGGUUCCUUCCCAGUCGAAGUGGCAUUGCGAGGAAUGCAAGUCAAUAUACUGGAUGCGCAGGCCACACAACCGGUAGACCAAGAGAGAAUUAGAAUGUGGGUCGGAUCCAACGCAAAUCAAGUCAAUCAGACACUCCGCGAAAAAUUUCUAUCCGUCGCAUUGCAAGGUUCUUGCAAAACGUGUGAUCCGACAAUUCUAACAAGGACGUUGGAGCUUGCCUGCUCCAGGUUUUCGAGGCAGGUCGUAAUCGAUACGCUCCACGAUCUACAGGUGGCCGUCAUUCUCUUCAACAAACGGAACGAGGCGGACCUGGAAUCGGCACAAUGCACCAAGGCACUCGUGGACAUUGGAUGGAACCCAAACAAGCCCAUGAAACCAGAGAUGCUUCUUGGAAGUACCUUGUGUAUGGCUAUUCGACGGGAGCAAUACGAAACCACUCGAGUGCUGUUGGACGCGGGGGCUGAUCCCAAUAUUCUACGUCCGUCCGAACUGUUUCUCAUUGUGUGUGCUACACUUGGGGAUGACUUUCCACAAGAAAUCGAGACAAUUCUGUGCGAAAAAGUCGGAAUACUGAAAAAGUGUGUGGUUGGGUGCCUCUUUGGUUGCUUGCCCUGUACCAUGUGUUGCAUGUUCUGUGGUCAUUACUGCAGUCUCCUCAAUCCGUGCUACGCGAGGAAUAACUUUCGCAGUUUGAUUCGAUCAUAUGAUGACGACUAG